AUGGCCCUAUUCAAUAAAGCACAGAAAGAGUUCGAGAACCAAUUGAAAAGGCAAUCGACAACCUACGAAGCCGCGUCGCAUGAGUAUCGGACCAAAUACAGUAUAGAGCCACCACCAGGUUUUAAAGAAUGGUACGACGCUGCGCGCUCUAAUGAUUCACCAUUGAUCGAUGAGUUCGACUCCUUGUAUCAGACAAUAUCGCCGUUAUGGAGGCUGAGCGGCAGUGAAGUUCUUGAUGCUAUGCACCGAGCGAAGAGCCUUCCUGGGAGCGAUUUAUGGCUUUGCACGUUUUCAGGCACAACGUCGAUAACAAAAUGCAGUCACUCCUAUCGUACUUUUGACAGGCAUAUCUCGAGAAUGUUCAACAAUAUCUUGGCCAAUCUCACUGGGCUUCCUGAUGUGACGUUUCUUGUCAAUCACAUCGAUGAGCCUCGUGUUAUUUCUCACCCUUCUCCUGAACCAUCUUCUCCUCACGAUCGAAGGAUAAGUGUGGAAGAUCGCAGCCGACAACCUAUAUGGGACUUGGUGACCAAGAGCUGUGUCCUUGACGAGAGAGAAGCAGAAGGUCAAGACAACAUCAAUACCUUUGGCCUGCCGUUCGUGGUCAAUAUCUCCUCAGCCCAAGAUCUUUGCCAACACUCAGAAUACAGCGGCUCACAUGGUUUCAUGAUGAGCCCCGUCUCGUUCCGCCCGAUCCAUGGUCUGGUUCCAAUCUUCUCAACCGGCAAACUAUCGACAAUGAGUGACAUUCUCAUUCCGAGCCCAGCGUAUACCGAGCAAGAGUUCAUUUACAACGAGUCAAGAGAUGUUGAUUGGGGCCGAAAAAGGGACAGCCUCUACUGGGCUGGCUCAACCACUGGAGGGUUCGCGCUUGAUACCCGCUGGCAGCUCUUCCAUCGACAACGAUUUGUCGAACUCACACAGAAUUUGAGAACAAACAAAUGUUAUCAAUACCUGCGAACGAAAGAUGGUGUCUUGCAGAAAGUCAAAUCCCAUUUUUUAAAUGGAAGACUCUUUGAUGUCACCUUCACCCGCAUCUUCCAAUGCCAGAGAAAGGCCUGUAGGGACCAAGAUGCCUAUUUCGAUACCAAGUCCUGGGUAGAUAAAGACGAAGCCCUCAAGUCAACACUUGCCUUUGAUAUCGACGGUAAUGGUAUCAACGGCCGUUAUUACAAGCUACUUGCUUCCAAGUCAGUGCCACUAAAGCAAACAUUAUUCCAAGAAUGGCACGACGAUCGACUAAUGCCUUGGCUGCACUAUGUACCCAUCAGUCAAAGUAUGGAAGAACUCCCGGAGCUAGUCUUUUAUCUCACCUCGACUGGAUCUGGAAAAGAGAUCGCGAGGCAAAUCGCAGAGCGAGGUCGAUAA